AUGGCAUCAUCCAAACAAGCUAUGGAUCAUUAUAAAGUUGUAUAUGAACUUUUGUUUGCAUUGGAAUCAUGGACAUAUGAGCAGAAAUACUGUUUACUACAAACGAUCAUCGAUUGGACAAGUCAAUUCGAAAAAUCAAUGCCAGAACAGUUGGAAAAGAACCUAUGCUAUUUACAUGAACUUUUAACACGUGAUAUCGUCACUGUACCAAUGUUGCCAGUAGAUAAGAUUCUUCAAGUAAUACAAUCAGGUGAAAUUCCAUGUGAAGUAUGGCUCGAUUAUCUUCACACUCCACUUCUAUCUGAGUCGAAUAAUAACAAUAAUAAUCCAAUAUCGUUCGAUUUCGCACCAGCAAUCAUCCCAAAAGCAGCUAUGACUAUGGACUUGACACCAUCGACACUUUUUAAUUCCGCUUCAUCCCCACAGCAACCUCAAUUGAAUAAUCAAAACAAUAGUAUGGUCGACCAGCCAUCCCUUAAUGAUAGUUAUGUGACUCAUCAACUUCUUUCAUUUGAACCAUGUUCAACCACUGCAAUAGACCCAUUUUUGUUUGAUGUAGUUGAAAAAUCACCAGAUGAUGAUCGAAGCCUAUUGAGUGCAAUUCUUGCCGAAUUAUCUGAACUAGAUUGGGACUAUUACGCAAUUCAAUCACUCGAGCUGAUGUUCAAUAGUUUACAAAUACAAAAUGUCUCAGUACUGAAAACAGCGUUACUCGUUGUUAGAAUGAUUUUAACCAAUGAAAUAUCAUUUCCAUGGGAUAUUGAACGAAUUGUCAACGCAAUUACUAUGCAUUCAGAACUUCAAUGGAUGGAUGAAGUGACUAAAAUUAUUGACGAAAAAGGUAAAUCUAAAUCAGUUUCAAUGCUUCUUCAAGAACUAGCUCAGGAAAAUUCAUCUUUGGAUAUAACCGACUUGGAACAACGAUUUCGAAUGGUGAUGAAACAUUACGAAACACAAACAUCUCGAUGGAAAUCUUCAGAUAUUCGGCAACGUCAGGUGAACAACGACGAGCUUCAUACGAUUGCUGUCAUUGUUCAAGCAGCACAUCUUCACGAACAAUAUCGUCCAAGAGAUAUUCAGAUUCUAUCUCUUCUUCUUCUAAUUGAAAAUCAACGUCAAGGUCAAGGACGAUUAGCACAAAUACGCACUGGCGAGGGCAAAUCCAUUAUUGUGGCUAUGUUGGCUGUUUAUCUUUCACUUCCUCCAUUGAACAAACGUGUCGAUAUAAUUACCACUUCAGAAAUUCUUGCUCGACGUGAUGCCGAGGAAUUUGCAUCCUUCUAUCAAAUGUUUGAUCUGACGGUUGGACACAACUGUUAUGAUCGUCCUGACAGUCCAAACUACAAUGUUCACAUCAUCUACGGAACAGUCAAUCAUUUUGCUGGUGAUCUACUACGCACUGAAUUUUAUUUGCAAACCGAAGUACGUGCUCACAGACCUUAUGAAGCGGCAAUUGUCGAUGAAGUUGAUAGUAUGUUUAUUGAUCAACAUCAGCAUUACACACAAUUAGCAUCACUUACACCUGGAUACAAAUCAUUAAAUGUUAUCUUGCGAUUUAUCUUUGCAUUCUUUCAAAAAUUCAAUAUUACCGAAAAAAAUGAAUUUGUCAUUCGACAACCGCAUGGAUAUGUCAAAGUCGAUGCUCUAACAUUUAUUCAAGACAAACUGAAUAAUGAUAAACUUAUUCGUUUUCCGGCUUAUCGUCAAUCCUAUAUCAAUACUAAAUUACCAAAAUGGAUAAAGGCUGCAAAACGGGCACUCUAUGAUUUACAACAGGAUGUUGACUAUGUCAUUAGUCAAUUUGGUCGAGAUCGUAAAGAUUGGUUGGAUAAAAUUCGAGUAGAAUGUAAUACAAUAGCCAUUACUAAUUGUCGAGCUGUUUUGAUUAUUUGUCAAACAAUUCAGGAUGCUGAUGAUGUUCAGUUAUCUUUACUUUCUCAACAUCCUCGCUUGAAUCUGUAUCUUCGCAGUGAUCUAGCUGAACAUAAUAAACCAGAACUAGUUCAUUCAGGUGAUGUGAUCGUAGCUACGAAUCUAGCUGGACGAGGUACUGAUCUGAAAACAACGACACAAAUCAAUAAUCGUGGUGGUUUACAUGUAAUUGUGACUUUUAUGCCAAAAAAUUCACGUAUUGAGCAGCAAGCAUUUGGACGAGCCGGACGACAAGGUCAACCCGGCUCAGCUCGAUUGAUUGUCUAUAAUAGAGAUUUCGCGACAACAUUGGAUAAGAUCGAUGAUGUUGAAACAAUCAAUAGAUGGAAACAAUUUCGGGACCAAGAAGAAACAAAUGAGAUGAAUGCGGCUAUAGAAGAAGUAAAGCGUAUUGAAGCAAAAGAUCGUCUUCUCGUUCGUUUUCUUGAUCUUGCUCAUUCCAAAAAGAAUGAUCUUCCAUUUAAACACGAUGCAUUCAAGCCAGGCUUCAGUUCAUUUCGUGAACUAUGGGCUUCAUUUUGUGAUGAAAAUGAAAACACAGCUGAACAGUCUUUUUCGAAAUUUGCUACUGACAUACAACAGCGACUCGAUGCCGCCAUCACUACGUUGAAACAUAAUGUGUCAUUUGAAAACGACAGAUCAUUAUUCAUUAUGCUACAAGAUCAGAAACGAUCUCGAGCUCAAUAUUUAGCUGAUCUUCAAUGUGAAGCAGUCAGCAAAUUGAUUGCUCAUCCAAAAUAUUUUAUUUAUGCCGGAUUUCAUGCCAUGUGUAUGAAUGAAUUAAGUGAUAAAAGAGAACGAGCAUUGAAAUUAUACGAACGAGCAUUAGAAUUAGAUGAUCAAGAUUUUAUUGCUCAUUACAACACAAUACCGUGUCAUAUUGCAAAUAAUCAAUCAUCGAUCAAUCGAGUUAUACAAGCAUUGGAUGAGACACUUCGCUUACUUCAUCUAGAGAUUGAAACACGUAAACUAAUUCAGAUUUUUCAUGAUCCACCAAUGUCACAGAAUACUAAAACAGAAGCAAACGGUCCUGUCAAUCAUCCGAUUCUUACCGAAUUGAUCUAUCUUGAAAUCGUUCAAGCAGAUUUGAAAAAUAAUCGUGAACAAUUGACACAAUUCAACGAGGAUAAACAUGAAAUAUGGUGUCGUUUCGAGCAUUGGCCAGAAACAUUAGCCUGUUUAAAAGGAACAAAAUUUGAACCGUUAACAAACGAUAUUAAUGUUGAACGAGAAGAAUGGCUUGCCGAAGGAUUAAUGUGGCGAUAUGUGUUUAUCAUUGAACAGAAACGAUGUUGGUGGAAAACUGUUUUUAUAUUUGUCAUGGGAGUCGCACUUAUCGUUGGAGGAGCUUUCUUAUGUACUGUAGAUCAGUAUCGUUUAGGCACAUCGAUGAUUCUUGAUGGACUGAUCGAUGUUUAUAAAGCUAUUGGUAAGUUAUAA